AGCGCAACCAGAACCCACGAACAUUCGAAUCAGCUCUGGAACGAAAAUAAAGCACUUGACACUCUUGACUCGUGACUCUUUACCAUCUUGUCUUCGUCUUUCCUGGCUUCCCGGUCUUCCCGGUACUGCAUUUUGAUUUUUGUGGCAGAGACAGUCAGUUUUGGCCACAAAGACCGGUAGAGUGACUCAGUCUACGGAGAGACCGGCUGACCACGUUGAAGCAACUGGGACUUGUUUUCUGGCGUAGACCGGCACGGCUACCAGGCGCAGGCAUCAACGUCUUUUCGAACCAUUGUAAUGUCAGAAGGGCUUGAACAAGCAACAAGCAGCACGCCACAGUGUGAGCAACAGCAGCAUCAGGAACUAACGGAUAUGUCCACGGAUGCCGAACCAUAUAUUAAACACGUUUUUGUCCCUCAGGCACAGCUAGCGGGCUAUAUCGAGUGGAAAGCGUCUCUUGUGCGAGACCUCCUCUACCAACUAGAAGAAGCUUCGUACAGGUGCCAAGAUGAGGUGGCACUUCAAACGCUGGCCGAUGACCUGAAGACCGUAGCAAUGUCCAUGGCUGCGCGUUUAGAGGAGGAUAGCAUGAACCGCUUAUGUGCAGGCAAUCUGGAAGGCCGAGCCAUAGUUGAUGGAGAACAAUGACACUGACCGUAGUAUAACACACGUGUCACGAGUGUCAGCCGGCGGUGGCGACGGCGGCAGUGGCACUCAUGAAAGUAUCAGCAUCAGAAGGAAGCAAAUUCAAGGAUACAAUCAUUGGGCUACGGCCGGCACCUGAUCUGUCUCUAGCUGGAUGUCGUUGGGAACAUUGUGUAGAAUACAAGCACCCUGUAUGUAGAAAAGAAAAGGAUCAAGGAACUACAAGUUACGCUAUGAUGUUCACUAACACCACCAGCUACUUGACAAUCAGCUCAUGCGAUAACAUUGCACGGCACUGACCAACGGUACUGACAUUCUACAACUAACUGUAAUUGGUGGUGUUAGUGGACAGUAUAGCCGCUGUUAUAGCGUAACUUGUAGUCCCUUGGUCCUUUUCUUUUCUAUAAAAUUUCUUGGCUCUCCAUCCGAGUCCACCCUGUGUGCACAUUGGUAUUUUUGUUAGUGCUGUUUGAAAGCCUGUUUCAGAGUAUCACUUUAAUUCGUCCUCCGUGUUAGUGACUGGAUACAACAAUAUGAUUGAUAGCUUUCCUCUUGCCUUUGGACAAUCCUUAAAAAUAUAAAUCCAUCAAUCAAUCUUGACAAGUGCACAAACAUACAAUGCACAUCAUGCCAUGUACUCAUGUACAUACUUAGGCAUAGGCAAUGUGCCAUUCUGUGAGCAGUGUUUGUUUUCAUCCUAAGAAUUUUAUAGUGAGCGUGUUGUAAAGUAUGCGGUAAGUUUGGA